AUGAUGGUCUUGGAUCUAAAGGCACUGGCUUUGCACAACUGUUUGCAGCAACUCAGCUGGCAGCAUUCAGCUGAGAGCGAGAACAACGUCCAAAGCUCGUGCAUCAAACUUCUCAGCUCAUCGCUUCAGAAACUGGAUGACCGCUGGGUCGUGAAGCCCUUUGGCAGCAGCGCCAAUGGCUUCAGCACCAAGGAUUCGGACUUGGACUUGACGUGCAUAAUCCCUGGCAAAUCUGUGGAGUAUGCACUGGAAAUCUUUGCGGAGAAGCGCAAAGCGGUCCUGUCCACCUUGGAAUCUGCUCCAGGGAUUGAAGUUCUUCAAGAGAUAUGGAGUGCAAGAGUGCCUGUGGUCAAGAUGAAGUUUGCUGGCUUCCUGGAGGUGGACCUCACAUUUCAAAACACCGCUGCCUUGGUGAACACGGAGCUGCUGAAGGCAUACUCCAAGAUGUGUCCACAGCUGCGCGAUCUUGGUAUCGCAGUCAAACGUUGGGCCAAAGCAGCUGGUGUAUGUGGUGCACCCCAGGGCCAUUUGUCUUCCUACUCUUUCACUCUGAUGGCAAUCUACUUUAUGCAAACCUGCCACGGAAUGCCAUGUCUGCCAACGAACGCAUUCUCAGAGAAUGGUCCUGCGCCAAAUGUCCGCAAUUUGCGCUGGGAAACCCCAUUGCCCGUGUCAGCCCUGCUGAUGCAGUUCUGCCUCUUCUACUACCAUGAGUUUCAGUGGGGCACAGAAGUUGUGUCACCACGCCUCGGAUGCAGAAUGAGGAUCACGCAUGAAUGUUUUAGCUGGCUGGAGACCUGGGGCGAAACACGUUUGCACAUUGAAGAUCCCUUCAUCUUGGAGAGGAAUCUGAACUGUGUACUGGGCUCUUGGCAGGAAGGUCGACUUCGAGAAGUGCUUCAGGAAAGUGCAGUGGCAAUGAUCGCUGGAAAGCUCCCCAGGUGCUUGGACAGCACAGCCCACACAGAGGACACAGCAAGCACAGAGACUCCAGCAUCUGGGCUAGCCGACAAGACACCAGCAUUGUCAUCUGAUGCUGAAGAUCUGAUGAAGCCUUUGACAAAGGAGGGUCGAGUCGAGACCUUUGGGGAGGACCGCAUCGAGCGCUUGGAUUCCUUGCGGGCUUCACCGGGGCUUCCCCCGGGGCCUCCAGGGCUUCCUCCGGGUCGUUUCGCACCGGCGCCCAGGCCCACCAGACGGGCCGGGCCGGCGGGGCGGACUGGGCUGACUGGGCUGACAGCACCUGAGCCGUCUGAGGUGCCAAGCCCAGCCCUUGGGGCUCGUGGGGCCGGGGUUUUCGGGCGGCCGCUGAAGGUACCACUUGCCAUCAACACUGUCGAAAUCGUUGAAGAUGACGAGGCAGAAGUGGCAGAAAUGGCAGAGUUGCUGAGCAACAGAGUCUUGCGGUUCUGA